AUGUUGCGUGCCCAAAAGCUUUCCUCGGCGCUGGCGAAACAGGCACGCACCUUUGCAACAGUACCAAAACCUCCACAGGUCGGAGUUGUUCGACCUUCAGCUCAAGAAGUAAAGAAUCGGACCCUCGACUCCAGAAACCUCGAGAAAGCUGUGCGACACAUGCACAGAGAUGGCUUGGUUGUUGUGGAAGAUGUUGUUCCUCACGAGGACAUCGACAUCCUCAACAAGAAGAUGAUUGAGGAUGCUCAUACCCUACAGACUCGAGGUGACAAGGGCCCUUUCAACUACAACAAGGGCAAUAUUCAGCAAGAUGCCCCUCCUGUUUCUGAAUACUUUAGCCCUUCUAUCUUCACAAACCCAAUUGCUACACAGAUGACCACUGCCAUGAUGGGCCCUCGGCCAAAGUGGACGUUCUGCUCUGCCAAUUCUGCAAUGGCAACUCUCCCUGGAGGAACUCCUCAGCGCCAGCCUGUGCAUUCAGAUGCGGACUUUGCACACCCAGACCAUCCCUUUGCCCUUGUCGUGAAUAUUCCUCUCGUCACAACUACACCAGAGAAUGGAUCCACAGAGAUCUGGCUUGGCACCCACAAUGGGUUUGGUCUAGAUGCACAAGAGGGUGCACAUGGCGAGAGAGCCAGCGGUCGCAUUAGAGAAGAACUCCUACGCCAGCGUCAAGAGAUCUCACCGCCCUUGCAGCCCGUCAUUAAGAAGGGCAGCAUCGUCGUGCGCGAUCUCAGACUCUGGCACGCUGGCAUGCCGAACACCACUCAACAGACUAGGGUGAUGCUCGCCAUGAUCCACUUUGCGCCGUGGUUCAGGAACAGAAUGAGACUCGAGCUGGGUGAAGAUAUAAAGCCGAUUCUAGACGGCCUUGAAAAAGAGGGAAAGCUGGGGUUGGAUGUACCAGUAGAUUGGGCGAGCAGGGAGGCCGUGCUUGAGAGUUACCUGAACCGAGGAUUCGGGAAUAGCUAUGAUUUCAGCCAAGAAGCUUGA